AUUUUUCAGGAAUCCUGCAUGUCAUCUUGGCCCACCAGGCAUCAGCAUUAACACCCCAAGCUGAUGGAUCGACGAUCAUCUGCCAUAUCGAAAUUCUAAUCAAUCAAGGAGAGCUCGGCCAGUCUGAUGCCUUGAUCGUCCGCACCCUGCGACCCGAACCAGACCUCCCUCCCACUGGGCCGAAUAAUCCCCACACGCCAGGUACGCAUAACGCACGGCAUCGGUGAUUCCAAUCGCCGUCACCACUACCACAUCUCGAUCUUAACCUUUUUUGCGUCGUCGUCGUCGUCGUCAUCAACAACAUCCUAGCCUCCCUAACCUACCCCUCCACCCCCAUUCCCCAGUGCUACAAUGACCGCCCAACCCACAGCGGUCUCCGCCCCCGGCAAGGUGCUCCUCGCCGGCGGUUAUCUUGUCCUGGACCGCCAAUAUACGGGAUUGGUGUUCGGACUGAGCGCGCGGAUACACGUGGUCGUCAGGCCGCGGGCGAGCACGGACGGGGUGUCGGAGGAGGUGGUCGUCAAGUCGCCGCAGUUUGAGGAGGCGGUUUGGGAGUAUGGGUAUCGGGUGAGGGAGGAGGGGGGAGGGGUGACGGUGACGCAGUUGAGAGCCGCAUCCCCUAAUCCCUUCGUCGAAACCGCCCUUAGCCACGUCCUCACCUACCUCACCACCCUCUCCCCAUCCCCCCUCCCCCCCACCUCUAUCGCCAUCCUUGCCGACAACGACUACUACUCUCACCCCUCCACCCCCUCUACCCCCCGCUUCCUCCACUUCGCCGUCCCCCUCCCCUCCGCCCACAAAACCGGCCUCGGCUCCUCCGCCGCCCUCGUCACCGCCUUCACCGCCGCCCUCCUCACCCACCACCUUCCGUCUUCGACGUUCGACCUCAAUUCGUCCGCCUCACGCGCCCUUCUGCAUAAUCUCGCGCAAGCCGCCCACUGCGCGGCGCAAGGGAAGGUUGGCUCCGGCUUCGACGUCGCCGCCGCCGUCUACGGAAGCUGCGUGUACCGGCGCUUUUCCCCCGACGUACUCUCUGGUCAAGGAGAAGCCGGGUCGGCGGGGUUUGUGGCGCGGUUACGCACGACGGUGGAGGACGCGGAGGGGAAAUGGGACACGGAGGUGCGCAAGGGCGCGGUCGCGGUGCCGGCGGGGUUGCGGCUGGUGAUGUGCGACGUGCAUGGCGGGACGCAGACGCCGGGGAUGGUGAGGCGGGUGUUGGGGUGGCGGGCGGAGCAUCGGGAGGAGGCGGACGCGCUGUGGGGGGAGUUGCAGCAGGAAAACGAGGCGCUGGCGGAGGAGCUGAGGCGGCUGGCGGAAGGGGGUGGGGAGCGGGGAGAUGGAAAGUAUAGGAGGUUGACGGAGUGCUUUGCGGCGAUUCGGACGCUGACGAGGAAGAUGUCGACGGCGGCGGACGUGCCAAUUGAGCCGAAGACACAGACGAUGUUGUUGGAUGCGUGUACGGCGUUGGACGGGGUGGUGGGGGGUGUGGUACCGGGUGCGGGCGGGUUUGACGCGGUGGCAGUGCUGAUCGAGGAUCGCCCAGAGGUGUUGGAUCGGCUCAAGCGGUUGGUUGAUGGGUACGUGUUUGACGCUGAGACGGACAGGGAGCAGAAGCCCGGGCGGGUCAAGAUUCUGGAUGUCCGAGAGGAGAUGGAAGGCGUUCGGACGGAGGAUGUGGCCCAGUAUCAGGAUUGGCUUUCAUAGCUUUUAAGAGGGGAACUAUACAUCUAUCUAGAUCAAUGACGGAUGCAUAACCGGGUUCUGCGAUGGACCUCAUAUAUUUCCGACUGCCCCUGACCAGGUUGGUCCUUCAUCACCCAGAUGGUGAACUCCAAAAGUUU